UAGUUUUUCUCUCUUUUAAGUUCAACAUUUGGUUUAAAUAAAUUAUUUAAGUUAUAUAGAUAAUUAUUGUAUGGUUUAGUUUCAUGUGAAAGUGCAUUUCUAAUCGACAUUUAAUUGAAUUAAUUUCACAUAAAUAUAUACGGAGAGGAAAGACAAAAAAAAAUUUGUUCCUACUUCGGAAUUAGUUGACAUCUUUCGUCCCUGAAGUCGUAAAGGCGAUUGCUUUCGGUUCAAUUUUUCUAAAUAGCCUACAAUCGAAAGGAAUACUAUGAGUGCUUUUCAGAUGACUUAAAACGAACUAUAGGUGGCGUAUAUAUGAAAAGGGAUCUUACGUCAUUUAUGUGUAAAAUCAAUUCACCAUUUGUAGGUUCAGAAUAACGCAAGUUUAAACAAAAGAAAAAUGGCAUCAACAAGAGACAAGAGAAUGAAAACAGAUUCACCGACACCAGCACAUCCAUCAGAGAGUACAACACCUACAACAAAAACAAGUAGUGCUAUAAAAUUAAAGAGAAUGUCACGUAGUCGAUCGGGUAUGUUGAGCAGUGGAAAAAUGGAAAAUGAGGAAGAAAAUGAUUCUGUUGGGUUGAGUGAAGAUACGGUUAGUAGCACUGCAUCAAAUGAUGUUGUUGCAAAAGCAGCAAAUACACGUGCAAAAAGACAACUAGCAAAGGAAGACAAAGAAUCAGAGUCAAAUGGUGACGCGAAAUGCGAAGACGAAAAUAAAGAAACCAAAGGAUCAGAAUCUCCUGGAAAAAGAGUCACAAAAUCACAAGUAUUAAAAACGAAAGCUGCAAGCCUUACAUCAGCAAUGGCUCGUCGUAGUGCAAUGCUAAAACGUACAUCACUUCCUUUACCUGUAAAAGCUUCUUUACGUAACCUUUCACGUCGUAGUUCAGGAGCAAAAUUAAAUGACAGUAGUAAAGUUAAAGAAGAAACGGCAGUUACACCUAAAAAAGGAAAAGGAGCAAGAAAGCCCGUUGAAAAGAAAGAGCCCGAGGAAGAAGAAGAACCUAUGGACGUGGAGCAUGGAGAAAAAAAUGAAUCAUCACAUGAUACUGAUUUACAUUUGGAAAUAAAGCAAGAAAAAAUUGAUUCUAAAUCCAAUGAUAUUCAAAACAUUCGAAGGAGUACUCGUCAACGAAAAAGCACAAUAAAGGAUCGUGAUAGUCCUUUUACGCGUCGGUCUCAAGCACGUGACAAAUCGGAAUCAAAGCGUGAUUCAGUUUCACCUGCAUUAUCAUCAACAAGUAUCAAAACAGAAAAGGAUAGUGCCAAAGCGAUAACAAUUUCAGUAGAAACAACUGAAACAGGUGUUGAAAAAGAUCAAUCAUUAAGUCCUGAAUUAGUAAGUGAGGAACUGGAUACUGAAAGUGUUCAGCAUUUGUAUGAUAAACCAGACUUUCUUGAAAAUAAUUUGGGCAUUGAAAAGGAUCCUAAACUUGGUGAAAUUGUUAAAGUACAAGAAAAGACGAAAACAAUUGUUGAAACUGCUUUAGUUACUGUUGUAAUGAAGGAAGAUGUAGACGAAAACGUUGAAAAAGAACAGAAUGAUAAGAAAGCAGAGGAUAUAAAAGCAGAGCACGAAGAUGCAAAUGAAAAAGAAAAUAUUGAUGAAAAAUUGGAAGUGACAAAGGACGAUGAGGAGAUAAAUGAAAAAGAAACAGACACAGAGAACAUUGAUGACAUUGUUGAAUCUGAAAAAAUUGAGGAAAAUAUAGAAAUUGAAGAUAAAUCUCCAAAAGUAAUGGAAACAGAAAUGAACGAAAAGACAGAUGUGAAAGAAGAAGAAACGUUAGAGGAAAAUGUAGAAAAAUCACCAGAAAAUAUCGAAAUUGAAGUUGAAGAAAAAAAAGAGGAGGAAUCAAAAGAAAAACAAGCGAUUGAACAAGUUAAUGGAGAGAAGAUGGAAAUUGAUGAGCCAAAUGAAAUUAAACAGACUGAUAAAGCUGAAAGCAUAGAAGAAAAUGAGGAUGAAAAUAAGGAAAAUGAAAAUAAUGAGAAGGAAGAGAUUAAACAAGAAAUUGUAAAUGACAUUAAGGAAGAAAAACCUACAAAAAUUGAAGAAUCAGAAGAGAAUAAAGAAAAUAAUGUUGAAAGCUCAACAAAAUCUAUUGGAAGUAAUUCACCUCGCUCAGAAGAUUGUUUGAAAAUUAUGAGCGAAGUAAAUACACCAAAAAUUGAGCUCAAUGAAACUGCAGAGUUAUUAAAAAUUAAGGAAAACCAUUUCAAAUCAUUGGGAUUGUUUACACACAAGGCAGCUGAAGAAGCUAAAAUUGCUAAGCAAAAACGAAAAGAAGAGCUUGCUCUCCAAGUAGCACAGCAAUCAAACAGAAAAUCUAAAAAGGAAUCUAGUGAUUAUCACUCAGGAAUGGGUAAAACAUCGGGAACGCUUAAAACUAUUAUCAAAUUACCCAGAACUGACAAGGAGAAACGAAAGACUCGAAUGCCAUUGAAAAUCACAUUCCAGAAGAAAAAUCGUGAUAGGGAUGCAAAUGGUUCAUCCAAUUCAGCUGAAAAUUCAUUCUAUACCAUUCAAAAUGAGAAGGAUUUAUCAUCGACUGAGAGUCAUGGUGCGAUAAGUCGUAAAAGCGCUAAUCGCUCUUAUAAUCAUGACCAAGUAGCUACAAGUAAUGAUCAAAACAAAAACAAUGAACCAGUUGUAAACAAAGAACUUGAACAAUCCUUAGUAAUUCCUGAGAAAGCAUCAUCAUUCAAAGUGCAUCCGGAGCGAAUUUGUAAGGACCAGUGUUUUUAUUGUGGAGGGAAAUUCGGACUUUACGAUACACCAUGCCAUAUCGCUCAAAUUAAAUCAACCGAACGUCAAAAUAAAAUUCUUGAAAAUGAAGAAAAGCUUACGAAAGAUAGUUGCUUGUGCGACGCUUGCUUCCGUCAUGUUGAUCGCCGUGCUAAUUGCCCAUCGUAUAGAAAUAAACAACGUCCUUCAGCAUCAUCUCAACCAUCUACUUCAACUGGUACAAGUCCUGUUCAUCAAAAUCAUCAGAAUAAUUUUGAGCGCACUUAUGGUAUUUGCAAUGUCAUCGAUUGCAAUGAGAAUGCUCUUCAUAGUAUUCGAAAGAAAUGGUUUAUAAAAAUGAAGAAAACUAUUUCGAAAAUUUUUCAAAUUAAUUUAGAUUUACAGCCGACCAAUACCAAUGUAUCAAUUUGUGAAGAACAUUUUGCUGCUCUUAGUCACAUAAUGGUUUGUGCCAUGUGCAAGCGAAAACUGCCACGCAAUCACAUUUUCUACAUAAAUCAGGACAUCAUACGUUUGGAACACUUGAUUGCCGAACAAGGGUUGCAUAUAAAACUUUCAAAUUCAACACUAGUUGUAUGCAAGUUAUGCUCUUACUACAAUAACUUACUUUUCAAACCUCCUGAACCGAAAACACAAAAGGCUGAUUUUGUUAAAAAUUAUACAAAAAAGUUGAUGAAACAUAAUAGUGCUGAAAAUGAAUAUGCUAAUCGUCACAUUGUUUCAGUUGAUGAUGAUGAUGAUGUGCAAGAAGUUCCAAUUAGAAAUGAUGAUCUGACUUUAACUAUUAAGAAUGGAAAAAUUCAACCGAAGAAAUUUUCAGAUAGAUUUCAAAAUAAUAAAGAAGUUACUAUAACAAUGAAAGGAUCUCCAGCACCCAGCGGUCACAUGUUGCUAGAUAAUGACGUAAUGGUUGGUUAUGAUGUUCCUAUGCUCGAAAACUGCCCUUCACCACCAGCACAUACAAUAAGAAAUCCAAACUACAAAGGUCCAAUUUCAAUACAAACCACAUCAGCAACAACAAUUCAGAAGACAAGUAACAAAAAUGAUGAUCAGCAAAAAAAGAAGAAGGAAAUCAAUGAUAACAAUGAAAUGGCACGUGUGCUUAAAUCCAAUCCAAAUAUUUCAAUGCGUGAAUUAUUCCCAGGCGAAGAAGAAAUGGCUUUACAAAUAAAUCUACCAUUUAAUUCCAACCACGCACAUAGAACGCCUGAAGGGUGGUUUAAAGUUCAAAUGACAAUGCAAUACGAUGACGUUACUAAAGCUUUAUGGGAGAAUUUACAAAGACCGUAUGGUAAUCAAUCGAGUUUCAUCCGUCAUUUGGUACUUUUAGAAAAAUAUUAUCGCAACGGAGACUUGGUGCUUUCACAGUCUGCAUCAAACUCUGCUGUAACAUAUUCUGAAUCAGUAAGAAAUCGGUUACGAUCUUAUGAUAAUAUACCAUCUUCAUUAUCAACAGUAGGAACUUCAAAUUUAUCAAAUGAAGUUUCUAUCAUUCCUGCUUCAAAGGCUAAGAAAUCUAAUGAUUCAUUAACUAUUACGACACAUCCUGGCAAUUCAUUACUUAAAAGAAAAUCUUCGCAAAAUGAAAUGAGUAGCCCAAAACAAAAGCUUAUGAAAGUUGAUGAAACUGUACCAAAGAAGGCAUCUCCACCAGAGUUAAUAUCAUUCACCCAAAAACCUGCCACAAGAAGCAGUGCCAAAGACAAGGAACCGACGGCUCCACAGUCAAAUUUAAAUAACACAACUAGUACAACAACUUUAACUUCUACAACGGCAACAACAAGUUCAACCACAAUGACAUCGCAAACUGGGUCAAACAAUGGAAAUGGAAAUAGUAAUAAUAGUAAUGUCAUUGUAUUACCCGAUACGUUAACGCCACAGGAAAGAAAACAAUGUUCGAAAUCGUGGCGUCCAACAUUAAUUCCAAUCACUGGUUCAGGACAAUUAUUAAAUUCAAAUGGACCAUUGUAUCAAACAGCUGAUGGUCGAAAAUUGCCUGAAUUAGUUCAAGUCAUGUCAGGCGGUAAGCCAUAUCAUAUUAGUAUACAUGAUUAUAACAAAAUGUGUAUCAUAAGACGAGAAAAGUUACAGCAACAACUCACACAAAAAGCUCGACAGCAAAACUUGGUUCAAAAUCAAAAUACAGCUGGAGGAAAUUCACCAAAUUCAGUCAAUACAACAAAUAGUAACAGCAAUAGUACAACUACUAACUCUGUACCUGUAUCAACAUCUGCUCUAUCAAUUAUUCCUAUGCCAAAGGAAAGAGAACCAAUAACUAAUAACUUUAAACCACCUGCAACAUCAACUCCAUCAAAUGCCACUUCAAAAUUAGCUUACAUUCCUAAUCAAAUCUUAGAACAAAAUUCACUGAUUCCACUAAAUUCAAAUGAACAAAAUGGAAAAAAACAUCAUAAUGGAGGACUUCCGCCACCUUUAACACAAUCAUACCCAAAAUCAAAUACCAACAAUAUGAUGUCAAUGUUACCACCAGCUUUAAGUGCAUUAUCAAAAACAGUCAAUGCUUUACAACCCACUUCAUCAGCAGCAGCACAAUUAGCAGCAUGGAAUUCUUUGUGGAAUGAUAAUGAGAUCAAUAUUAACAGUGAUAAUAUGGCCGCUCUGGCUCAAAUCGCCAACCUUGCUAAUUUGGGAACAAAUUUGAUGGAGCCAUCAGCUGCUUCAUUGCUCUCUAAAAUUCCUAAAUCGUUAACAGUUAUUCCGCAAGCAAAAACAGAUAGACGCUCAAGUGAUGAGCAGAAAAACAAUAGUGCCUCCACUUGAAAUCAAGAAAACCCAAAAUACUUAUUAAACUGAAAGUGGGAUAAAAUUGACAAAAAAAUUGUGAUCAAUUCAAAUAAUUUAUAAAAGAUAAAUUUUCAAUUGUAUACUGAACAGAAAAGUUGAAUCAAAAAGAAAUAAAUAUUAUCAUUCGUCAUGAGGUGGAUACGAAAAUGAUCAUAAUGAAACUGAAUGAAACGAGAAAUUUAGAUAUUGCUCCCCAAAAAGAAUAAAAUUAUCUUAUUUUUGCCUGUAUAAAGUGUGUUAAAUCAUUUUGAAAAGAAAAGAAAAAUACAAUAAUUAUUAAGAUAAAUAUUUCUAUUUUUUAUACAAAUUGAGUGUGAAAUUCUUUUUUUUAAAUGAUAACAAAUAUGAAUUAAACUAAACAUGUUAAUUUAUUUGAUCAGAGAAAUGAACUUUAAAAUAUGUAUAUCAAAUUUAUAUUUUUAAUCGAAAAAGAAAAAUAAUUUUUUCAUAGCAAUGAAAGGACUGUAAUAAUGAAAAGUAAAGUGAUUUGAUUGAAAAUGGAAAGAUGAACAGAAACAAAAAGAGAGCAAUAAUCUAUUAAAUAAGGAAAUAAUUGAUUUCCAAAUUGACAAAAUUUUAUUAUCAAAAGAUGUCUUCGAAAAAGAUUUGUAUGAAUGAACAAACAGGGAUUAUUGCAGAUUAUUUUGAAAUGGUUUGAUAAAGCUUAUAACUGUAGUUUUUUUUUUAUCCUUAAACACGCUAAUUUAUAUUACAAAUAUAUUGAUAUUGUAUAACUUCACAGAUCGCAUAUGUAUUAAUCAUUUUAAUUUUAGAUUAGAAGUUAAAGAAUAUAUUUUAUUAAGUCUCUAGAAAUCACAAGUUGCAUACGAAAAUAGAGCUGAUUAUCUGAUGGAUUUAAUCAGAAUACUGUCAGGCGUGUAGCUAGGUAACGUGAGGUAGGGGGGAUUAGGUUGACAAAUACUCUCGCCUUUCCAAAAAACUUUAAUUUGCUCUGGCUAAGCCUCUCAGUACUGUUAAAUGCUGUCAAU